UUCAUCAGCAGCAACAGUUCGUCAGACACCUCGGUAGCUUGAUAGACAAAAUAGACGAACCAAUAAAGAUCUUUAGACUGGUUCGUAGAGCCAGUCUAUUUUAAACUCUUUACUGUCGUCUAGUUAGUUAUCAGAUUUAGUUUAAUAUUUAAGGUGUUGUUAUUAUUGGUCAUCUAGCUGGCUGGUUAAGUUAGCAUUAGCCUAGCUAGCUAACAUCUCCGACCAUGAGUUCACUAAGCUGCUCUCCUCCUGACAAAGAAGAGGAGGUCUGCUGGACGGAGAAAGAUGCUCUCGUGAAAGAGGAGGAGGAAGAGGAGGCUGUUACAAUACAAAAACAAGUAGAGGGUGAGGCUUUUACCGUGAAACAAGAAGAGAAAUACGUUUCCGUUAAAGAAGAGGAAGAUACGUUCAGAGUGAAAGAGGAGGAGGAUGUUACAGAAAAGAAGAGGAGGCAGAGAAAGAGGAGGCUGCCGUGUUUGGAGUGAAGGAAGGAGAGAUGACUGUCACACUGAAAAAGGAGGAAGAAGAGGAGGAAACUGGAUAUCUGGGCCCGGUUUCCCUAACGCAUCUUAUUAAGGUGUCCGAUGGUUCUAAUGAUGAACUUAGCCGUAAAAUGGUUUUGAGAAACCGUUCCUCGAUUUAUACUAGAGAGAGACGGGACUACCGUUGAUCCUCUGGGGAGCCUCAACAACCUCAUGAUGCUGACAAGGCAGAUAAGAGUCUCUCCACAUUAGAACAUCUCAAAUUCCAGCAGAGACCCACAGGAAUGAAACCUCACCACUGCUCUGACUGUGGGAAGAGUUACUCAAGAUCAGAUUCACUAAAAGCACACCAGAGAAUUCACACUGGAGAGAAACCUUAUAGCUGUUCUCAAUGUGGGAAGGGUUUUACUACAUCUCGCCGUCUGACUAUACACCAGAGAACACACACAGGAGAUAAAUCUUACCACUGCUAUGUCUGUGGGAAGAGUUACUCAAUAUCAGAGUCACUAAACACACAUCAGAGAAUUCACACUGGAGAGAAACCUUAUAGCUGUUCUCAAUGUGGGAAGGGUUUUACUACAUCUAUCAAGCUGACUAUACACCAGAGAACACACACAGGAGAGAAAUCUUUCCACUGUGCAGACUGUGGGAAGAGUUUUCUGAUAUCAGGAUAUUUAAAAUCACACCAGAGAAUACACACAGGAGAGAAGCCUUAUAGCUGUGAUCAAUGUGGGAAGAAUUUUAGUCACUUAAGCAGCCUGAUAGUUCACCAGAGAACACACACAGGAGAGAAACCUUAUAGCUGUGAUCAAUGUGGGAAGAGUUUUACUUAGUCUAGUCAGCUGACUAGGCACCAGAGAACACACACAGGAGAGAAAUAUUUUAGCUGUGGUCAAUGUGGGAAGACUUUUACUGAGCAUGGUAACUUGACUAAGCAUCAGAGAACACACACAGGAGAGAAACCAUAUAGCUGUGAUCAAUGUGGGAAGAGUUUUACUGAGUCUGGUAACUUGACUAAGCACCAGAGAAGACACUCAGGAGAGAAGUCACAUAGCUGUGAUCAAUGUGACAAGAGAUACUCUGAUAAUCGAUCUCUUAUUAAACAUCAGAAAAUACAUAAAGGAGUUGUUUCAUGAUAUCAAUGAAAUAAUGUUACAAUGUAGAAUGUUUUAACAUUGUAGUAGGAGUAGUUUAAUGAUGUCACAAUGUAGAAUGUUUUAACAUUGUAGUAGGAGUAUUCUAGUGAUGUCACAAUGUAGAAUGUUUUAACAUUGUAGUAGGAGUAUUCUAGUGAUGUCACAAUGUAGAAUGUUUUAACAUUGUAGUAGGAGUAUUCUAGUGAUGUCACAAUGUAGAAUGUUUUAACAUUGUAGUAGGAGUGUUCUAAUGAUGUCACAAUGUAGAAUGUUUUAACAUUGUAGUAGGAGUGUUCUAAUGAUGUCACAAUGUAGAACCCUAAACUUUUGUCUCCUGUUCUAUUGAUUUCAGCAUGAUGUGGAUAUUAGCCUCAUCAGGGGGAAAAUCCAGGUUCUGAAUUGAAAGAGUCCUAAUUUAUUUGAUUAACAAAAAAAGGAGUUGUUACCACAUUGGCAUUGCACUAUUUUUGCUUUUUUAAUCGUCUUAUGUUUGUUGUGUAGUAAAUAUUUACCAUCUAAACCA